CUUUUCUAGUCCACCACUCCAAUUCCUGUCUCUCUCUGUUUUCUUAACCUUCUUGUCAAUAGAUUGGCCGGAAAAUGGAGGAAGCAAUUGAAGAUGUCGGAAUCAAAAUCUAUAAUGCUACACCCAACGAUGAGGCGACUUCAUAUCCAGUGUCGCCACAGGCAGCGGCGCCACCGGAAAAGGGACGUAAACGCCGUGCAGUGGCGAAGGGAGUGCAGAAGACACUAUCAAAGACAUCAAUGCUUGUGAAUUUCCUUCCUACAGGAACGUUACUGACAUUCGAGAUGCUAUUACCUUCAGUGUCCGGUGACGGAAUUUGCUCUCCUGUGAAGACAACCAUGAUCAAUGUCAUGAUGGGAUUAUGCGCUUUCUCUUGUUUCUUCUUCCACUUCACCGACAGUUUCAGAGGAUCUGACGGUAAGGUAUAUUACGGAUUCGUAACUCCAAAAGGGCUAUCGGUGUUUAAGUCGGAUCUUGGGGUGGAAGUGCCAAAGGACGAGCGCUACAAAGUUGGACUGACUGAUUUCGUGCAUGCCGUAAUGUCGGUGAUGGUUUUUGUUGCCAUAGCGUUCUCAGAUCACCGGGUAACGGAUUGUCUGUUCCCAGGUCAUGUGAAGGAGAUGGACGAGGUGAUGGAGAGUUUCCCAUUAAUGGUGGGUAUCAUAUGCAGUGGCCUCUUUCUCGUCUUCCCCAACUCUCGUUUUGGCAUAGGGUGCAUGGCCGCCUGAGGCUCCCUGGAAUUGUAUUUCACC